AUGUAUUCUUUAAACAGUGAUUUUGUGGAUAAAGUUGUUCAAAACUGUUUCGAUUUAUAUAAUAAACUGCCUAAAACAGGAAAACCUGUUGAAAAAGAAUGGACUGUGAUAUCAUGUUUCUUAAAAUACGAUAGAUCUACGAAUGAUGUUGAAGUGGUCUCAUUAGGAACUGGUUCGAAAUGCAUUGGUGCAUCAAAAAUGUCUUCAUCAGGUGAUGUAUUAAAUGACAGUCACGCAGAAGUAAUUGCUCGUAGAGCCUUUCUAUUAUACUUGUAUGAAAACAUCUAUAAAGCUAAUAAAGGUGAGACUUCAAUAUUUGUUAAAGAAUUAGAACAAUGGAAAUUAAAUGACAAUUUAGAAUUUAUUUUUUAUACAUCACAGUUGCCUUGUGGUGAUGCUUCUAUUAUACCUAAGAAUGGUGAAGAAGAAUUCUAUGGUGAUAUUUUAACACAACUAAAGCACAAAGCAGAUGAUGAUUUAAAUGAAAGUGAAAUUAAAAGAAGAAAGCUAAAUGACAUUCACAGAACAGGAGCUAAAUGUUUAACUCAUUGUGAGCAGGACUCUAGGGAACCUGGAAGUAAUUACCACCUUCUAGGUCAAGUGCGAACUAAGCCUGGUAGGGGAGAUAGAACCUUGUCUGUUUCAUGCAGUGACAAAAUAGCCAAAUGGAUACACCUGGGAGUGCAAGGCAGUCUCAUAGACAUCUUUUGUGGUUCAAUUUUUAUUAAAUAUUUUAUAUUUGGUGCUGGAGUUCCAUAUUCUCAAGAAUCUUUAAACAGAGCACUCUUGAAUAGAAACAUGGAGGUAACAAUACAAUUGGGUGUAGUACCAGAGUUCUAUCAAACCUCUUUAGUGUUCCCAAAUAUUAGAGACAUUGAACAUAUUAGAGCCGCACCUGGAAGCAUAGUGUGGGUCAAAUCUGGGAAUCAGUUACUGGAAGUAGCAGUGCUUGGGAAGAAAUUAGGAGUCACUAAGAAAAGAGCUAAUUUACCUAGCAGCAGUUUAUGUAUAAGUAAAUAUAACAUUUAUAGAACAUUUUUAAAUAUUGUGAAAAGUGAUCCAGAUUUAAAAAGAGUGUUGUGUGAUCAAGAAAAUGUUGACAGUAUUCCUUAUAAUUUAAUGAAAAGUAAAUCUACAAGAUAUAGAGACAGAUGGAGAGCCCUUAAGUGUAAUUUCUUUAAAACAUGGACUGUGAAACCUGAUAUGUGGGAUUUUUGUGUAAAUUUAUGA